UUUCUCACUGCUCGAACCCAAAAAAAACAAAAACAAAAAACAAAAAAAGUCACACUUUUUCUCCUCUCUCUGUACUUCACUCUAUACUCUAAAGCUCAACUCAACCAAGAAACCCAUUUUUUUCAGAAGGGUUUGGCAGCAGCAAGGGAUGGCAGAGGGAAGAGGGUCAACUCUGGUGCACCUUUUGGUCAUCGUUUUGAGCUUGGUCGCAUUUGGCUUCGCCAUUGCCGCUGAGAGAAGAAGAAGCGUUGGGACCAUGAUCAAAAUUGAAGGAACAAAUGAAACAUAUUGCAGCUACAGUUCAGAUGUUGCAACUGGUUAUGGAGUGGGUGCUUUCCUGUUUCUUCUUUCAGGUGAAUCACUGCUAAUGGGAGUCACUAGGUGCAUGUGCUUUGGGAGGCCCUUAACACCUGGAGGAAAUCGAGCGUGGUCCAUUAUAUAUUUUCUUUCUUCAUGGGUCACUUUCCUGGUAGCAGAAGCAUGCUUAAUAGCAGGUGCAACCAAGAAUGCAUACCACACCAAAUACCGGACCGUGAUUUAUGCUCAUAACUUCUCUUGUGAAGCCUUGCGGAAAGGCGUCUUCGUUGCAGGAGCAAUUUUCAUCGUUGCAACCAUGAUUCUUAACUUAUACUAUUACAUGUAUUUCACCAAGGCAACGACCACACCAGUUUCUCAUAAAGCAAAUCGUGUUAGCUCCACCGUUGGAAUGGCUGGAUAUGCCUGAUGGGCUAUGACUGAGAAAAGGGUAACAAUGAGUCUUCAUCUCAUUGGAUGUCUCUAUGAUUAUCACUGGUAAAGCGGUGAUAUUUUCAGUUUGGUUUUUCUUAGUUAAUUGGUGUCUAUAAUGUUCUUAUGGAUGUUACUACUUACUGGUUAGAGGCAAGUUAUAGCUAUAUCUAUAAAUAUCAAAGUUUAGGUAAACAGGGUCGCAUCAUGUUAUCGGGUUUCUGAAAAACAUGAUGUUGGAAGUGACCAAGUCUGUAAAAUGUUUGAUCCUAUGUUUCCCUCUAAUAGAAUUGGGAUUUGAAGAUGACUUGAGUUGGAGGCUACAUUUAUUUCAA